UUUUCUUCAGAUAUAUUCAAGAAAGAACAUGUAAUUAAUUAUUUAAAAAAUUGUUCUUGUUUACUAUAUUUAAUAAAACCUCAAAUACUCCAUAAAUGCAAAACAAUGUAAUAUAUUAAAAAAUUGCUUAUUAUGAACAGGUCUACGUUAUGAAUAUAGUUCUAAUAAUAUAUCUCAUAUACGUUCUAUUGUCUUACUUAUUUCAUUCUUAAAUGACUUUUGGUAUAAAUGAGUCUGCGUUUUUUGUGGUUAAAAGAAUUUAUGUUAUUAUUUAAAUGUAGAGCGAAGUUAAUUUGAGUUAGCAUUUUUGAUCCAUGAUGUCAAGUGAAGAAGUUUUUCUGGUUGGAGUUAUCGACAAUCAAAUUAUAGGUAGUAAAUUGCCAUCAAAGCGAAAUUGUCUAAGUGUUUUAUUUUACAACAUGAGAGUUUCUCAAAUGAACCAGCGUGAUAGUGCCGCUCUUGUCAUUGAAAACAAAAAUUUUAAUUACCAAGAAAGAAAAAGUGAAGUUGAGGACAAGAAAGAGAUUUCAAGAGAUGAAGAAGAUCUUACAGAAGAUCAAGAAAUAGUUUCUACUUUGAAAUCGAUUAAUUUAAAUGAGGAUGAGCUUUUGGACAAGAGCAAUUCGAGUCUUGAAUCGGAUGCAACAUCAACUUUUUCACUUUCAUUCAAACCGAAAAGAGGAACGCGACAUAUUUUAACUGAAAGACUUUGUGCUGCAUUCGACAAGUGUAAAGUUAGUGACAGAGAUGUUGCUCACAUUUUAAUGGCUUGCGUAAUUGCUCUUGAUUUAGAUCCGAGUGAAUUUAUUAUAAAUCGAUCAUCAAUUAAAAGAAAAAGAGAAGAAUUUCGUAAAGAAAGUGCAAUCAAAACACAGAAUGAAUUUAUGAAUUCAAAUACAGAGUUUGUUGUUGUUCACUGGGAUUCCAAGAUUUUACCCGAUUUAAGUGGAAAAGAAUCUGUAGACCGCCUUCCUGUAAUUGUAAUGUCUCAGGAUAAAGAACAAUUGCUUGGAGUGCCUAAAUUAUCUUCUGCAACAGGAGAAGAAGUAGCUUGUGCUGUUUAUGAAAUAUUAAUGCAAUGGUCGUUAGAGAAUAAAAUCCAAGCAUUAGUUUUUGAUACGACGGCUUCUAAUUCUGGUCGUUUAAAUGGUGCUUGUGUUCUUCUAGAGCAAAAACUAAAUAGAGAUAUUCUCUUUUUAGCUUAUAGACAUCACAUCUACGAAAUCAUGCUUGCGAGUGUUUUCGAAGAACCAAAACUUUCUUUUCAGACUGGCCCAGACAUUCAAAUUUUUAAAAAAUUUCAAAAAAUUGGACAAAAAUCGAUAAAACUAAAUAUUCUACUUGGAAUUCAGACAAUGAUGUAUGUCAAACAUUACGUGACGUUAAAGAAGAUGUUCUCUCCUUUGCCACAGGAACCACCAAAAUUUCAAAAAAAUCUAUUAUUCUGAAUU